GCAUCGCCGUCACUGAAGCAAUUCAGCCCCCCAGUGCUCACGAUGUUCACUCAACGCAACAUUGCUCGUCUGGCUCGCGGUGCUCAGCUUCGUGCUGCUGCUCAGCGCCGUUUUGCCAGCACUGAGUCCAAGUAUCCUUGGAUCGCCGACAACUCGUUCAACCGCGAGAGAGAGGCUGUCAAGCACCAUGCUGCUGCCACCAGCGAUCUCUGGAAGAAGCUUUCCAUCUUUGCUGUUGUUCCCUGCGUGAUCGGCGGCGCCCUUAAUGCCUACAACCUCUGGGAGGAGCACUGGGAGCACUGGUCUCACAUGCCCCCUCUGGAGGAGCGCGUGGAGUACCCUUACCAGAAUAUCCGCUCCAAGAACUUCCCUUGGGGAGAUGGUGACAAGACCAUUUUCUGGAACGAUAGCGUGAACUAUCACAACAAGGACAAGGCCACCUAAACCCUGCACCUAUAGAAACCACGGAAAAGCGCAGGGACAUUUCUUCCCAGGGUGAUAGGACAGUCCUGUAUAUUUAUCACAGAGAUCCACAGCGAACAAAUCGAAGAUCCUACCAGACCAAUUGACAAAUGACAACAAAAAUUUUGACAAGCCUACAUUGUCAUCCAU